AUGGCCGAUCCCAAUCAAAGUUUUUUGAACUCAGUCUUUCAAUGGACAAUAAAAAAUACUGAUGGUACAACAAAUACAGAAGUAAAAGAAAUUGAUAAUGAACGAAAAGAGUGGUUAGCCGAAGCACUCGAUAAUUUGAAUGUUAAUCCCGUUGGUCGUUUAAAAGCGUGCAUUGAAAAAAUUAAAGAUUCUAAGUCAACUGAUGAAGAAAUUGUGGUGUCAGCCGAAGAACUUUGCCAUUGGGCAGAAGAGCUAGAUUUAGCUAAAGACUUUUUUACUGUUGGUGGGGGUGAGAUUCUGCCAAUAUUAUUGGAUCAUAUUAGUGAUCAAAUACGUAUUCAAGGAUGUUUGUUAAUUGCUGGUCUAGUUCAAAAUAAUGAUCAUUGUCAACGCAUUGUUGUUCAGUCUGGUUUAAUGCAAAAACUAUUACUCAUAUUAGAUCAAAGUGAAAAUGAUGAUGUUCGAACGAAAGCGUUGACAGCCAUAUCAGCCAUAAUUAGAGGUUAUACCCUUGGUCAGCUACAAUUUCAAAAACUAAAUGGCUUCAAAAUUGUUAUUAAAGCACUUUCAGCCCCAAUCCCAAAAUUACAAUUAAAAAUAUGUUUUCUUAUCAAUAUUUUGUGCACAAGUAGUCAACAGAUGAGAAAACAUUUUUAUGAGAAUGGUGCAUUGGACGAAUUAAUUAAACUUUAUGCAACACCAACCUGUCCAGAUCCUAUACGUAUUAUCGAAGCCAUUCUGUCAUUAGUUGAUGCUAAAAAUGACGUCUUUGAAUCGUUCAGAAAAAAGAAUAAUCAAUUGUGUGAUGCAUUUGAACAACAGUUAAACAAACGACUAGAAAUAGUACAGCAGAGUGAAGACCAAAGUGAUGAAACAGCAUCAAUAAAUCAGCUAUUAACUUUCUUGCAACGACAUCCUGAGACCAACAAUCUCGAGCAUUGA